AUGUCUCACUUCUUUCAUAGGAAGCAGUUGAUAUUUCACGAUACCAGAUUUAUCUUUGCUUUUCUAAUUUUUUUUCUAUCUCUUUCAUUUAACUGCUAUUGUCAGUUUCUGUUUCGCUUUUCUGAUGACCUCUGCGUAACCCUGGGCAUGUCACUUCGCCAGCAAUUCUCUUUAUGCCCCGAGAUUUCACUCCGGCGGGUUUUUUCUUCCUUUCUUCCUUGUCAUUUGUCCUUUGCUGUUAUUUCAUUUUAUUUUAUGUAUUUUUUUUUAUUUCUUCAUUUUAUACCGGCUUUUACUAUCCUGCAGUUUCUCUCUUUCAUUUUUCUUUUAACCUUUUCCUUUUCAACGUCAUUCUUUUCUUUUUCAAUUAGUUUCUUUUUUUUUUUCCCCCGCUUCUUCAGGGACUUCCCCUUCGCAUUCUUCCUUUUCUUAAUCUCUCUUAGUCUUUGUUACUUAUUUAGCCAUUUCAGUUUCUCACGCCAUUUUGAUUCAUAUUAUUUUCAGUCUUCACUUUUCAGCUUCAUAUCUUCAAUUUCGCGCUUCAGCCUCCUCUAUGGUUCUUUAGUUCCCCCCCUCCCUCACGUAAGUCUUUUCUUACACUCCCAUACAUUUUACUCUUUACCUUUUUGUCUUCUUUGUUAUCUCACCCUUCCAUCUCCUCCUCAUAUUUUUAUAAUCAUUUUCUUUUUAUUUAUCUCUGCUUUUUGCAUCUCCCUUAAUGCUUGUAUUCUUUCGAUUUUUCCUCGUUGCUUAUUUGUCACCUUUCAUCUUUUUUUCUUACAACACUUUCUCUCUCUCUCUCACUCGACUUUUUCCAUUCUCUUUUUUAUGUCAUUAAUCUUUCUAUUCCCCUCUCACUUUUAUUAUUACUCCAGUUCACACUCCACGUUGGAUCGUUACAAACACCGUAUUUUCUGUUUUUGUUUUCUCUGUAGCUCUUUUUCCCGCCAUAUUAAAUCUUUUACUUUAAUUUCAUUCUUUCACUUGCUCUUUCUUUCUUUCUUUCUUUCUUUCUUUCUUUCUUUCUCUCGUGGCUUCACAAAUUUAGAAUCUUUUACUUUAUUUUUAUUCUUUCAUUUACUCUUUUCUUUUUCUUUCUUUCUUUCUUUCUUUCUCUCGUGGCUUCACAAAUUUAGAAUCUUUUACUUUAAUUUCAUUCUUUCACUUGCUCUUUCUUUCUUUCUUUCUUUCUUUCUCUCGUGGCUUCACAAAUUUAGAAUCUUUUACUUUAUUUUUAUUCUUUCACUUUCUCUUUCUUUCUUUCUUUUUUCAUUCAUUUUUAAUUCUUUCCUUCUUUUCUUUAGCGCUUCAUUAAAUAACCAAAAUAGAUUCUUUGUUCAUUUUAUUCGUGCUAUUAUUGGUUCCUUAAUUUUCAAUGGACAUUCAUUUUUACACAUUUUUUCUCUUCUUCCUUUCUUUCUUUCUUUCUCUCUUUCUUUCUUUCUUUCUUUCUUUUAUAAUUCAGUCAUUCUUUUUCUUUUUGCUAUUUUGCACUUCAUUAAAUAA